GUGGAGAACCGGGAGUUUGGAAGCGUUGGACGUGAAUCCUGGGGCCCCUGAACAGGUUGGUCCCAAGCCACAAACAAAACUGCUGUGACUUCGAGGGGCGCAGCUGCGUCUCUCCCCACUCAACCUGUGCCCCAUGGAGUCUACGUUCAGCAGCCCCGCGGAGACGGCCCUACAGCGGGAGGCCGGAGUCCCAGGACUGCUCACUCCUCCCGAAGACCUUGACCGAGUGUAUGAGCUGGAGCGAGUCACGAAAUUUGUCUGCGACUUAGGGUGUCAGCGGGUGGCCUUACAGUUCCCUGACCAGUUACUGGGAGACGCUGCAGCAGUGGCUGCACGGCUGGAGGAAGUCACGGGAUCGAAGAUGUUCAUUUUGGGAGACACGGCUUAUGGCAGCUGCUGUGUGGAUGUGCUGGGUGCUGAGCAGGCUGGAGCGCAAGCCCUUGUCCACUUUGGUCCUGCCUGCUUAAGCCCCCCUGCCCGUCUGCUGCCCAUCACCUUCGUCCUUGGUCAGCGCUCUGUUGCCUUAGAACUCUGUGCAAAGGCCUUUGAAGCCCAGAACCCAGAUCCCACAGCUCCGGUGGUACUGCUGAGUGAGCCAGCUUGUGCCCACGCCCUAGAGGCUUUGGUCACUCUCCUGCGCCCAAAGUAUCAAGAUCUGCUCAUCUCCAGUCCAGCUCUGCCCCUGCCAGUGGGGUCCCCAAGUUCACAGCCUGAGCCCCUUGAACGUUUUGGACGACGUUUCCCCCUGAGCCCAGGAAGGUGUCUGGAAGAAUACGGUGCCUUCUAUGUGGGGAGCUCUCAAGCUAGCUCUGACCCUAUCCUUGAUCCAGACCUGAGCAGACUGCUCUUGGGGUGGACACCAGGACAACCCUUCAUUUCCUGCUGUCCAGACACAGGACAGACACAGGACCAGGGUGCCCAGGCUGGGCGCCUAAGAGCUCGAAGACUGUAUCUUGUAGAGCGGGCCAGAGAUGCCCGUGUAGUAGGGCUGCUGGCAGGCACAUUAGGUGUAGCUCAACACCGCGAGGCCCUGGCACACUUGCGGAAGCUGACUGAGGCUGCCGGGAAACGGAGCUACGUACUGGCCCUGGGGAGGCCCACACCUGCCAAGCUUGCCAACUUCCCUGAGAUGGAUGUCUUUGUGCUUUUGGCCUGUCCUCUGGGAGCCCUAGCCCCCCAACCUUCAGGUGGCUUCUUGCGGCCUGUAUUGACGCCAUGUGAACUGGAGGCUGCCUGUAACCCUGCCUGGCCACCCCCAGGCCUGGCUCCCCACCUCACACAUUAUGCGGAGCUGUUGCCUGGUUCCCCCUUCCAUGUGCCACUCCCACCACCUGAUUCAGAACUGUGGGACACCCCAGAUGUAUCCCUCAUUUCUGGGGAUCUCCGAGCACCACCUUCUUGGAAAUUGUCACGUGACACUGGAUGCUCUGCCCUAGCUCAAAGACCACAGCUGGAGCUGGCUGAGAGCAGCCCUGCAGCUUCAUUCCUCAGUUCCCGGAGCUGGCAGGGGCUGGAGCCCCGCCUGGGCCAGACACCAGUGAAAGAAGCUGUCUGCGGAAGACGGGGUAUUGCCAUUGCCUAUGAGGAUGAGGGAAGCAGCUGAUGCCAUGCGAGGCCAGUGUCAUAGAGUGACAAAUCGGCUGAACCAGCGUCUCCUCCUCUACAGUGAUGCUUGAAGGAACCUGGACAGAGGGAAUGCCAGUGGCUUCUCCCUGAGGGCCUAUCUAGCCUGUCCUGGCACUGGCUCGGCAUGCCUCGGUGCAAUAAACGCCUGCUUGGUGGGGAAAAAAGGUUCAGGCCUUUCCUGGGCCCAUCUGUCAGCAGCCUGGGACUGUGGCUGACCCCAGUUCCUGGUGUGCAAUAUAGUUCUGCCCUGUUCAGGGGCAGGAGUUGGAUGAUCCACACCCGGGUUCUUCCCCCUCAGCACUGUUGAGGGCAGGAGAUGAUCCACACCAGGAUUCUUCCCCUCAGCACUGUUGGCUUUCUAGGCAAAGUGGUUCUACUGCGGAGGCUAUUCUCUAAAUGGUGGGAUGUUUAGCUUUAGCAAAAGCACCUCCCCCCAGGUAUGACAACCCAAAUGAUCUCCAGAUACCAUGUAACUGCUUCUAAUUGAGAACCACUGGUCUAGACCCACACUGUCCAAGACAGUGUUCAUGAGACACAUGACUUCUGCAGUUCUAAAGUGGAUGAAACCUGUUUCUCAGUUCCACUCGCAUGGCAGUGUGGGACAGUUCUGUCACAGCACAAAGCUCCGCAGGACAGUUCUGGCUAUGCUGACUCAGACUUGUCUCUGGGAGACACCAAGAAAACUGAAAUAAACUGAA